ACUUGAGAAGCCUUUAGCAGAGACUGGGGCAGGGCAACAGCAGUCUGCAGCAGAUCUAGCAAACAGAGCCUCAUCCAGGAUCCUACACCACCCAACUCUCCAUUCAGCUCCUUUGCCAGUGAUCAGCAUCUUCUUUCUGACAAAGAUCCUCAGACUGCCACUUCAUACGAGAUACUUCUUCAACUGUCUCCAUGGAAUUUUAGCAGCUGUAAGGGAGAAGUUGAUUACUUUUUUUUUUUUUUUUUAAUAAUAUACUGCAUUAGGCAGUUGUGAGGAAAGGACUAGCACCGUCAUGGCCAUAAACACAGAUGCCCAGUAUGAAAAGGCGCUGGGGGGCUCAGGAAACCCUCUCCCUGCAGAGGCACAUGAGACUGAGAAACUCCUCACCUCUGCAAACGAGGCGAAAGAAGAGAAUGGCAUGAAGAAGUCUUUCUCAGUCACCAUGUCCAGCGAGAAGUCCAUAGGAGACCUAGACCAGAAUGGGCACAGCCUGCCCUACAAGUCAGUUUCCGCAGGGCAGCUGGAGUCAGCACCCCUCUCUCCAAGCAGGGGUAGCCUUGCCAGGGCUUCUUCUACAGCCACUACCACUGCCCAGGACCAAGGCAGGCCCACUGACUAUUUGGUCCUGGCCAUCUUCUCCUGCUUCUGCCCAGUCUGGCCAGUCAACAUAGUGGCACUGAUCUUCUCCAUCAUGUCAAGAAACAGCUUACAGCAGGGGGAUAUGGAUGGAGCUCGAAGAUUAGGACGCCUGGCCAGACUCCUGAGUGUGGUAUCCAUCUUGCUGGGGAUCCUCAUCAUCGUGCUUUGCGUACUCAGUCUCACCGGUGAGCUUAAAAUCUCCUAAAGUUUUCCAUUAAAGUCCACUGAAGAUCUGGGGCUCAGAGGGAAACCGGGGAGCGGCCUGCCUUUCCUUCACUUGUUGACACCUCCUCACUGCAAGAGAACCUUCCACUUUGGAGGCUUGCUGGAGGAAGGAGCAGGCCCAGCUCUUUCCAAAGUCCAAGGGAUUGCAUGCAGCACUUUACACGCCCUUGGGAAUUGAGAAAAAAAAAUAAGAGAUUUUGGAGCAUAGCACAUGAGAGAGACUUUUAAAAAGGAAGACAGAGAGAUGCCUUGAGGUUGCCCUCCUAACAGAAAUACCUACAGAUGGACAAUGUAUGGAGUGGCAUCUGGGGACUGGCAUUCAGGAUGGCACAAAACCGUUUUUUUUAUUUCCAGCUUUUGUAUCAAAGGAAUGAAAGCUAUUGUCUGUAAUCAAUAAUAUAGCUGAAAACUGCCACAUAUAGGGUCGCAAAUGGGAAAGAACCUCACAUGCCGCGAUGUCAUGUGACCUCCCCCUGUUUUGGAUGAUGCUGCUUCCUCGCUGACAAAAUGGAACAGGACUUUUAAUCUCUUUUUUAGUAUUUUUGAUGGGCAAUUUAACAUAAACUCAGAAACCAAAAAAAAAAGAAAAAAAAAAUGACCAUUUUGCAUGGAUGCUGGUCCUGGCUGCUGUAAGCACCUAUUCUCCUUUGCAUCUAGUCUAGGCUGUAAUAUACUGUACAUAUAAGUUAGGCUGUCACUGAUGGAGCAUUGCUUAUGCAAAGUGAAUACCAAGCACUUAGGUAACAUCCCAGGUAUAAACAGUAGAUGCAGGAUUUGUAUUAUCUAGAUGUUUGUAUUUAAACAUGUAUGCUCUGUUAGGGUUGUGGUUUCAAGAGGCAUUAACACAAUUAACAUAUCAUAGGAAUGAAAUAUGACUUAUA